AUGGCUUCGAAAGGAGAGACCGACAGUUUGAGCGAGGAGGUAAUUUGUCCCGUCUGCCUGGAUUUCUUCAUCGAUCCGGUUAUACUGGAGUGCGGACACAACUUCUGUCGCUCUUGUAUCACACGGUGUUGGGAAAGGGAGGAGAGAAACUCCUGCCCGGAAUGCAGAGAGCUGUUUGCUGACCGCACCCUCAGGGUGAAUCGGGCCUUAGCAAAUCUGACACAAAAAGUUCGGAAUCUAAGCCUGAACCCGAAAGGGAAGGAAAGUAAACGUCACUGCGAGGAACAUGAGGAAGAACUGAAGCUGUUUUGUGAAACGGACAAGUCACUGAUCUGUCUGGUCUGUAGAGACGCGCAGGAACACAGAGGGCACCGCUUCAUGCCGAUUAAAGAAGCUGUUAAAAUCUACAAGGAUCAGAUAAAAUCUUCCUUCGACUCUCUCACAAAAAAGAAAUCAGACUUCCAGGAAAAGGAGCAGCAACAGAAAGAGAAGAUUUCCGGAGUUCUGGAACAGUCACACAGCCUUCAGUCCCACAUCACAUCCCAGUUUGCUGAACUGCGCCAGAUUAUCACUGAGAAAGAGCAGAGUUUACUUCUCAAACCA